UGGGGGCGUGUUUCUCCCCCGGCACGCCUACAACUCAUCACAGCUUCUUCAGUCGUACCCUGGAAGAGAUAUGAUACAGUACACCGGUUAUAAGGAAACCCAAAGGCCGUAUUAUUUCCUGCCGGACAGGUUGGACGGCGACAAAGGAUAUUAUCCACACUCAAUUUCACCGUCUAGCACCGGAAGCCCCCAGGGUGGAGAUCUCGUCUCAAGCGGCAGGAGUAGCGUCACUUCUUCCGGGAGCGAAACUGGCCCCUGGCAUAAAAAUGAAGACGCUGAUGACAGAUUAGCCAUUAGGAGAUGCGACGACGAAGAGGAUUCAUCCUGCGAGGAGCAACAUGUCCUCGCCCCUCAAGCGCACCACGCAGAAAGGCGGUGCCUCCUCUGGGCCUGUAAAGCGUGCAAAAGGAAAUCUGUGACCGUCGACAGGAGGAAGGCGGCAACACUGAGGGAGAGGAGACGUCUAAGAAAGGUUAACGAAGCGUUUGAAGUUUUGAAGAGGAGAACGAGUGCUAACCCGACCCAGCGGCUGCCGAAAGUCGAGAUCCUGAGGAACGCCAUCGAAUACAUCGAAUCUCUCGAAGACAUCCUCCAUUCCGAUAGCGCGAGGCCGAGGACGCCUCCGCCCACCUACAUAAACAACCCAGGGAGCCCGGCGCAGUACCUGGCCGAAAAGCACGACCACUACGGCGAGACCGUCAAAUUCCCCCAGCAGACCGAAAUCGAGGGCCACUCCAUAAACGAUGCCGGGACCUCUUCGCUUGAUUGCCUAAGCCUCAUAGUCGAAAGCAUCACUAGGCAAAGAUACGACCAGAGCCAGACGCAAGCGUGACCACGGCGGAAUGCCAAAACCAAAAAUUAUAUUUUUGUAAUUUUAUCGUAAAAUAUAUUUAUAAUUAGGUCCUAGUUUCUCCGUUUCACGAGAGCGUUGGCCUAAUGGCCCUUUCUAUUUACCCGGUGCUAAAAAAUGAAGCAUGAAUUUGUACGAACUUUAUUUUAUUGGGGUUGGAGGAAGUAUUGUCCGUUUUUUGGUUACAUAUCAAUUUUAAUUUGUUCAUUACUUCAUAAAUGUAAUCCAUAAUUACUUAAACAAUGAUCAUAUAAUAGAUCAAUAAUGAGACAAAAUUUUAAGAUCAAUUUUGUCAUAAUUCCUUUCAUUAGUCAGGCAAUUUUAUUAUACCGACCUUCUACUUUUCGUAAAAAGAAACUUUUGACUUUAUUAGACAAAGAUCUUUUUUAAUAACAAUUGACAAUCAGGUUUUACGAAUUUGUCGAAGUGUCAUCAAAGAAAAAAUAUUGGCACUUGGACUGACUCGGGUUAAAACGAUUGCAUUUAUAUUUAUUAAUCCAGGCCUCCUUUUUCUUCAUUAAGUUGGACGAGUUGGGAAUAGUUUUGGAAUGGAACAGACCAUCUGCCAAAAAGUGAGGGAAAACUGACAAAAUUCGAAAUGUAGUUGAAGAAGAAAAUAAAUCAUUAACGAGUUGAUAAAUAUUUAUGCGCGAGUGGACGUUAUAUUUUCUUAAACCCCAAUGGUAUCCUAACUUAUAGUUAUUUCGUCUAUUUCCUGAAUGGUUCUAUUGCCCUCAUGUCGGUUUGUUUUUACAGUUUUCAACGGUUUUAGUACUAGAUUUGUUCCCCCAACUCUCAGGAUUAUUAUUAUUAUUUAUUCUUCCCCUUUCAACUCAUAAAAUAAAAUUCCAAAGUUAUAAAAAAAUACGAUUUUGUAUUUUAAAAAUAGUUCCCAAUUGCUUUUUAACACACCCGAAUAAUAUCAAAUACACAACAAAACUGGCAGUUUUUUUAUUCUUGUUAACAAUCGAGAUAAAGUGUAUUUUGACAGGCUAAACGGUUUGAUUUCGUUUUAGUCUAGAAUAUGUGAAUAAAUAUAGUGGUUGUCGGAUUUCGUCACUUUUUCAUCACACGUCAAGCGAAAUUUAAUUUUAGGAUUGUGUUAUCUAGGGCAAAGCGUAAAAUAGAGGCGUAUGUUAUUCUUUUUAGCGUGUUUAAUAAAUGUAUUAGAUGUAUUUUUGUCUUUGCAUAAUAAAAACGUACUGCCAAAAAUUUGCAUUAGGUUUUACGACGCUCAAAUCCAUUUGCUCAAUUACGAAAUUGUCCAGUCAUUAUUCUAAGUCAAGAACUUUCAAGAUAUCAAAACCUGUGCAUUUAACUUAUAUUCUAUUAGGCUGACUUAUAAUUUUAUUGUGAUCCAAUGUUGAUUGCCAACAUUGGCUCUAAAAACGUCAUAUUUUUAAAUAAUUUAUUGUUUGUUAUAAUGUUAAGAAAUCUGUUGUACAUAAUUAAA